AUGGAACCAAAGCGGAACCGGUUGCUUGGUGGCUGUCUCUGGUUGUUGGUCCUGGCCGCUCCGUUUGCCACUCCGGCACCGAACGCACGAAGCGAUGAUUUGUUUCCCCUUUCGCUGAUCCACAUCAACGAUGUCCACGCUCACUGGGAGGAGAUUGACGCUGCGGGCGUCACGUGUGACUCGAAGCAGACCGCCGCUGAGGAGUGCCUCGGAGGUUACGCCCGCACGGUCACGAUCGUCCGGCGUCUGCUGAAGGAACGGCAGAAUCCCGUUUACCUCAACAUCGGCGAUAACUUCCAGGGCACCCUCUGGUACAACAUUCAUCGCUGGAAUGCGACGGCGUUCUUCCUCAACCUGCUGCCGGCGGACGCUCUGACCGUCGGAAAUCACGAGUUCGAUGAUGGAAUUGCCGGGGUUGUGCCGUUCCUGGAGGCCGUUGAGUCGCCCGUGCUGUUGGUCAAUGUGGACAACUCGAAGGAGCCCGCCUUCAGCAAGUUCCGUCGCUCGAUGGUGCUGGAGCGCGCGGGGCGCAAAAUCGGCCUAAUCGGAGUGAUCUUGCGCACCACGUACAACAUGGCCGACACGGGCGCACUGGUGUUCCAGGACGAAGCGGACGCGGUGCGAGCGGAAGCGGAUCGGCUCGCCGCCGAUGGUGUGGACAUUGUGGUCGUUUUAUCGCACUGCGGGCUCGAUGUGGAUCACAUCAUUGCGGAGAACGGCGGACCGAAUGUGGACAUCGUCGUCGGCGGACAUUCGCACAGCUUUCUGUACACCGGGGCUAACCCGCACAUUCCGAUGACCCCUGCGGCGGAGUACCCGGCGCUGGUGACCCAAUCCGACGGGCACCGUGUGCUAAUCGUUCAGGCAUCGGCCUACACCAAACUCGUUGGCGAUAUUGUCCUGUAUUUCGACGCGCACGGAAUCAUCCAACGCUGGGAAGGAAACCCGAUCUAUCUGGACAACGAGAUCGUGCCGGAUGCAGAGAUAAUGGCAGCGAUCGCACCGUGGAAGGUGCUGGUCGAUCAAAUCGGUGAUCGUACGAUCGGAUCGACCGCCGUCGAGCUACCGAAACCACCGUGCAACUUUGGUGAGUGCGUUCUGGGAAAUUUGAUCGCUGACUCCAUGGUGGACGCGUUCGCGUCGCACCAGACCGUGGGCCAAGGGCCCUACGCUUCAAUCGCCGCCGUCGCCGUCGGUCGCAUUCGCCAGACGCUGGCUCCCGGGGAUAUUAGCUACAAGCACCUGAUAGAAAUGAUGCCUUUCGAGAACACACUCGUGUGCUACGAUCUACGCGGGGAUCAGCUGAUCGGGUUGCUCGAGCACGGUGCCGAGCUCUCGUGGGACGAACACCAGUUCAACGCAAAGAACCUCAUGCAUGUUUCCGGUUUGCGUGUCGUGUACAACGUGAGCAAUCCGAUUGGCCACCGUGUCCUGUCGGUGGACGCCCUGUGCCACGCGUGUGCAGAGCCUCGCUACGAUCCGGUGGAACCGUUCGCCAUUUACCGCGUCAUCACCGUGUCCUACCUGGCCGAGGGUGGCGAUGGAUUCGAAAUCUUCCCCCGCUACGGCCGCAACAAGGUCGUUGCACCCGUCGGCGACGCGGAGGCGUUCGAGCGGUACGUGAGCGCCCGAUCUCCGGUAGCACCGGCACUGGAGGGGCGCAUUCAAAUUUUGACGUGA